AUGUCGGGCUAUGGCGAAAGUGAAUACUACAAAGAUCUGCUCGACUACUAUGUCAAAUGUCUUCCAAAAUAUCACAGGCCAAAACCGCCGUAUGGAAUGUCGGGCACACAGGAAAACCUCCUUAUGAUUCAAGCAUCGCGUGAAGCAGAGAAAAUUAGAGGUGUAGGUUGUUUUUCUUGCUCUUUUUCUGAGUUUAGGUUGAGAUAAAAUGUCGAUUUUGAUGUAGUACUAGACGAAGGGGAAGUUUUGAUUUUCUGCAAGGUAAAUCUUGUUGAAUUUGCGCUUCAUUCAAUUAAGGGUACUAUUUGCAUCAUAAAUAACGUUCUUUUUUGUGUUCAAUAAACUAUUAUUAGCUGCAAACGGCUUUUCGACCUUGUAGUAGACAUCAAAAAGGAUGUUUUUGUACGUCGCCGAAAUUUGCGCCCUGUUUUAACACGGUGCGGUUGACGAUUUUACAGUUUUCGGUACCGAUCUUUUGGCUCUAUUACUAUUCUUAUUCAUAAAGUUUUCUUCUAGGUAGAGGACGACCCUUUCAAUCCGAAGCCCUUUGAUUUCAAAGCGCAUUUGGCGGAGAUGGAGAAGAUGGAACGGCUACAGGCAGAAAGAAAAGUCAAAAGAGAGGAACGAGAUCGGAACGAACGAAAUCAGUGGAAUAAUGGUACAUUUUUAUAUUAUUCUUGAUGUUUAGGUAUAAAUUUCGAAAAUUAAUGAGGAUCGCUAAGAUAUUAGGUUUAGGCCGUGGACAUCAAAAUAACCGAGGAAAGAGUUGGAAUGGAGGAGUCGUUGUCAAAGAAGAGGAGACAGUCGUUUCGAUACAUUCAAAAGAUCGAGCUCAUCGAAACGGCUCGAGGGAAACUCAAGUUAUGGAUAAAAAACACGAUAAUUUUGCCGAAGUCGCUGGUCCGAGCUUUGAAGAGGCCCCUACAGAAGAUCGUAAGCCCUUUCAGAAACAGAUUGCUACCAAAAAAAGAAUGGAGAGGCCGAAACAAAUCAUGGAGAAGCCGCCGAAAAACCCGAAUGUGAAAACAGUUCUAGUCCCGGAUGGUUUUGGCGGAUUCCUGGAGAUUACUCGAGUCAAAGUCAAGAAUCCGAUGCACAGCGACAACUAUCGACCGAAACCGACGAAGACGCCCGCUUUGCCACCGGUCAGUUCGGACUACGACAAGCUGACUCCGGCCGAGAAGAAACGACGCUUCAUGAAGGACCUAAAUCCGAAGGCAGCGAGAAAAAAUCAGCCGAAGCCAGCCCCUAGAUUUGUUGAGGAUUCAGAGUCGAGUGAGGGCGAGGAUUCGCCAGCACCUUCGACGUCGUAUAAUCGAAGAAGACGGCCCAGAACUCCGGUGAGUAAUCGAGCCGGAAGCAGCUCCGAAAGUGAUGAACCGAAGAGGAAAAGGAGGCCGGAAGUUAUUGUGGAAGAGAUUGAAGUGGACGAGGCGGAUCUGCCACCGCUCAAGGCGGAGGUCAAACCAGAGAAUGUGCAGUAUGUCAAUCCACUGCAGGUAUGGUAUUUUUUAUAUUUUUUUUUGAUUUUUAGGUCUUUGCAGGUCCAGAAAGAUAAUAAAACACCUUUUUCCCACUUCGAUUUCAUUUUCAUCCAAAAAAAUCGUGUUUUCAGUCCCUCAUCGACUUCAUUACCACACCCGAUGCCCUCACCGACGAGGUCCCCGACUUUUUGAUCCCGCCGUUUUUAAAAAUGCAUUGGAUUCAAGGAAGUGGAUUCAAAAACCGAUCGAUAGUCCAGAUGGACACAGCUCUUUAUAGCGCCUUGGAAGAAGCCCACAAAACGAAGGCAAAAUCGUUGUUCAUUGUGGAAGAACCCCUUCAUUGUCUGAAUGCGACCCUAUUGAAAAAGGCGGGAGCGAUUUUGUGCAAAAUGAACCAUUUUUAUCGACCACAGUAAGCCGUUUUUUGAGGUAUUGGGUCAGUCAUAAUCGCUCUGCCACGACCCUGAGGGUACACCAACUUAGACCCUUCGAGUUUGAAACUUGGUGUAGAUUUAGAAUAGAAUUGUCUAAGAGAUGUCUGAAAGUUUUACCUAGCGCUUUGCAGGAACCGUUGGGAUUUUUAAGUCGAAAUAGACGAAAAUUCAUACUUUUUUUGCGACUUUCGGUUGAAGAUUAAGGGUGAUUUUGAAAGUGAGGUCUACGGUAAGCAAGAAAUCAUUUUUUCCGGACAGAAUUUGAAAAGUGAUUGUCAAAAAGAAAUGUUUUUUAUCAGCCCUACCCUACUGAUUUUGCGCACUACGCCGCAGAAAGGAUCGUUGAAUUUCUCGACUGUCUCACCAAAGUGUACAAUGAGGGCCCUGAUCCAAUGGCAAAAACGUACCAUUUUGCAUCCGGGAAGUAUCAAAAAUGUGACAAAAUGCUUUCCUGUCCAAGUGAAAAAAAGUCCAAUUUCAAAAGCGCGCCUGCUCUAUUUGUGAAGGAAAAAUGCGCGCCCUUCAAAGCGAAGUUUUUUUACUUGGAGACAUUUUUGAUGCUUCCCGGAUGCAAAAUGGUACUUUUUUGCCACUGGAUCAGGUCCAUCACUGUAAACUUACAUGAUAAAGAUUCCCUAGAAAUCUUUGGUGGACCAGUCGAAACAUUCAACGGUCUUUUCUGCGGCGUAGUGCGUAAAAUCAGUAGGGUCGGCUACAUAAAAAACAUUUAUUUUUGACAAUCACUUUCUGAAUUCUGACCGGAAAAAAUGAUUUCUUGCAUACUGCACACCUCACUUUCAAAAUCACCUUUAAUUUUCAAACCAAUAACGCAAAAAAAUAUUAAUUUUCGUCUAUUUCGGCUUAAAAAUCUCUACGGUUUCUGUAAAGUGCAAGGUAAGGCUUUGAGGCAUGUCUCAGAAAAUUCUUUUCUUUUUCGAGGGCUGUUCUGUAAUUUGAUGGAUCUUUGGGCCACGGUUUACCAAGUUUUUUUUUCAGUUACCUCCCCGAUGUCCUCGAGGAUAUCCCGAGAAGGCUGGGAAAAUCCAUAGAACACGUCUUUAUAACCAUCACUCACAAUGCCCUAUUCAAUUUGGAUAUGGUCGAAGAUCACGAGCCGGACAAGGAACUUACAAACACAAUGUUUCACUCAGUGGAUAACCGAAAACCUUUGGCGGAUGUCUUCGAGAAUCUCCCGAAGAUUAUUAAAUGCCUGGUCCAACAGUUCAAAUUGAAACAAGUCGUCAUCAUCGUCCCACCGACUGUGAGUUUUUUUUUUUUUUUUUUUUUUUGAGCCGGGUUUGAGAUUUUGCACGCGAUAUUUCCACAUUCCACAUUAUUUUCCCGGCAGACUGAUAGAAAUAAAUUUCUUAAAAUUUCAGUGCAAAAGCUCUGAUCUCCUUCAAAGACUUCGGAAUCGCUUUAUCGAAGCCAUCGAACGGCACAAGUAUGUUAAUUUUGGAUUUCUCUUGAAGAGAAACUUUCUUUAAGAUACCUCCAAGAGCAUGUUUUCUACGCGGACUUUCAUGGCUACUGCCGUACCAGCGACGUCAAACCGUGCGCAGCCGGUUUACAGCAAUUCCUCAGGAGCUAUUUUACUAUUUACGGGGAUAGUUGGUUGCAUCUCAGGAAAUGA